GGGCAAUUAAUUCAACUUAAGUAAAACGGGCUGAACGGGCAGUGGAAUAAGAAACAAGCAACUUUCGUAAUUUUACAUUCAAAACGACGACAACAUUUACCAAUACAGUAAUCAGUAGCCUAGCCUACUACUGCAAUAGCAGUGUCCUUGAUAUUGAAAUCUAUGUGAAUGCAAGCAAUGCUCCAUACAGCUCAGGAGAAUCCAGUUUCCUCUUUUAAACCCCCGAACUCGAGAGCAGAUGCCAGUGAACUACCGGCCUCAGGAGAACACAGGCCAGCACAGUGCGAUGAGGAGAAACGCUGGCGUUUUUACGUCCCUAACCCGCACCCUCCAGAAUCCCCAGCGAAGACUGGUGGCUACACACAGCCAGGACACCACACGGCCGUGCUUUUUCGCCAGAUGAGCAACUCCGGGGCCCCCUGUUUGGGUGGAACCUCUGCCAAAUCGUUCCAUUUUAGCCAGGAGACUGCUAAUGUUUGCACGGAAAUAAUUGGAGGCAAAGAAGUGCCAGAACAUUCAAGACCUUUCAUGGCUCUUGUAACAGGGAAGGGUAUUUGUGGAGGAGCAUUAAUCAGUUCCAAGUGGGUAGUGACUGCAGCACAUUGUUAUGACACCAGCCUACAGGUCAUACUUGGAGUCCAUUCACAGAGCAAGAAAGAUAAAGCAUGGCAAAUAAGGAAGGUCAAAAUGAGAGUGCCACAUCCAUGCUAUGACAACCAGACCAACGUUAAUGACAUCAUGUUACUGAAGCUGGAUAAAGCAGUCAAGACGAACAAAAAUGUCUCUUUCCUCCCACUACCUGAGUCAGGCAAGCAUAUCCAAGCUGGAACAAACUGCCAUAUAGCUGGGUGGGGACUUGUCAGAAACGGGGACAUGAAAGGAUCAGAUGUAUUAAUGGAAGCCAAUGUCACUGUUAUGGACUGGAGAAAGUGCAAUAGUGAAGAAUACUACAAUCUGAAUCCUGUCAUAACAGUAGAUAUGCUUUGCGCUGGUUCAGUAGAUAAUAAAGUUCGAAGAGAUUCGUGCAAGGGGGAUUCAGGUGGUCCAUUAAUCUGCAAUGGAGAAUUCAGAGCUGUUACUUCCUUUGGUUCUAAAUGUGGUCUUCUUAAAAAGCCUGGUGUGUACACACUCCUGUCUCAGAAAUACAUCCAAUGGAUCAAAAAAGUAACCAGGGAUGUUUGUAUGGAAAUCAUUGGAGGCAAAGAAGUGGCUAAGCAUUCCAGACCCUAUAUGGCUCUUAUAAAGAAGAUGAAUGUAGCAGUCUGUGGAGGAGCAGUAAUCGAAGAGAAGUGGGUACUGACUGCUGCCCGUUGUUAUGAUGAGAAGCUAACGGUUGUGCUGGGGGCCCAUUCUUCUUCAAAGCCUGAACAAGACCAACAAAUAUUUAAAGUCAAGCAGCUAAAUCCACACUCUUGCUUUGACAAUGAAACUGGAGUAAAUGAUCUUAUGCUUCUUGAGUUGGAUAAAGCAGCCAAACUGAACAAGUUUGUCUCUAAACUCAAGCUGCCUGCAACAUUCAAAGAUGUCAAAGCAAAAAGCCAGUGUAGGGUAGCUGGAUGGGGGACAACAAAUCAAAAGAACAACACUGCUUCAGAUAUAUUAAUGGAGGUCAACGUCACUGUUUUCGACAGAAGAACUUGCAAUGAGAAAGAAUACUAUAAUUUCAAUCCUGUGAUAACAAACGAAAUGCUUUGUGCUGGUGAUAAGAAAGGCAAAAAAGAUGCUUGCCAGGGCGAUUCAGGUGGUCCACUUAUAUGCGAUAAUGAAUUCAAAGCAAUAAAAUCUUUUGGUCAUGAAAGUGGAUGUGGCAAAAUACCUGGUGUCUACACUUUACUGACUACCAAGCAUGUCCAGUGGAUUGAAAAAAUAACUGGGGAUGUGUGCAUGGAAAUCAUUGGUGGGAAUGAAGUGAAACCCCAUUCAAGACCCUUUAUGGCUUACCUGAAAGGGAAAUAUCUAUGUGGUGGAGUUUUGAUUAAACCAAACUGGGUACUGACUGCAGCACAUUGUUUGGAGAACAAAACAAAUCAGGUUGUGGUUCUUGGUGCUCAUUCACGUUUAAAGAAAGAAAAAGAACAGCAGACGUACAAAAUCAAGAAAGCAGUUCCCCAUCCUCGCUACAACAAUAAGAACUUGGAUAAUGACAUCAUGCUACUCCAGCUGGAUGGUAAAGCAAAGCUAAACACUUUUGUAUCUAUUCUCCAAAUACCUACACGUGGAGAUGAUGUCAAAGCUGGUACCAAAUGUGAAGUUACAGGAUGGGGUUUAACUAAGAAUAAAGGAAAAGCUUCGGACACACUCAGAGAAGUGACUGUCACUAUUAUAGACCGAAAAACAUGCAGCGGCCCUGACUAUUACAACAACGAAAUACAAAUAACAAAGAACAACCUUUGUGCUGGAGACAGCAAGGGUGGAAAGGAUGCAUGUCAGAGCAGUGGUCGUCUAGCCCAGGUGACCCUGGGAGCUCAUUCACUUUCAAGUUAUGAAGAAGAAAAGCAGACAUUUCAAAUCAAGAAAAAAGUUAAACAUCCCCGAUACAACAACAAAACUACGGAUAAUGACAUCAUGCUUUUACAGCUGGAAGGUGAAGCAAAGCUGAACAAAUUUGUAUCUGUCCUUCAACUUCCUACCUCUGGAGAGGAAGUGAAAGCUGGUACAGGUUGCAGUGUUGCAGGAUGGGGCUCCAUGAAGUUCAACGGACAGUAUGCCGACAAGCUCAGAGAAGUAAACAUCACUGUCAUAGACAGAGAACUUUGCAACAGCAAUGACUAUUAUAGGAAGAGAAUAACAAAAAACAUGAUGUGUGCUGGAGAUAAAAACGGUGGAAAAGAUGCAUGUCAGGGAGAUUCAGGUGGCCCAUUACUAUGCAAUGGUGUCUACAGAGGUAUUGUUUCCUUUGGUGCAGAAUGCGGACUUCCUAAAAAACCUGGGGUCUAUACUCGUCUCACAGAGGAAUAUCUUGUAUGGAUUAAAAAUGAAACAACAUUUUAAUUGAAGAUGUGUUUCCUGUAAAACAAGCCAGAACUGAUCUGCUUCAGUUAAAAGUUUGCUAGACUAACAUCACAUAGCCUAUAUGUUUUAUGCUUUUGUUUCGG